AUGGAAGAAAUGAAAACCAAGAUGAUAUGCAUUCCUCUCAGAAAUGUACAUGUUGUAGCGAAUGUAGCGGCGAGCGAUCCAAAGAUUGCUUCUGAGUUUUUAAAGGACAAAGAUGAGAUUUUUGCAUCAAGGAAGUAUAUGAGAAGAAUCAUAGCUACCGAGAUUGUUUCGGUUGUUGGACGUACAUUUACAAAUUACAACCGUUGUGAGGCUAAUGUUGCGGUCACCGGAGGGGUCGUGAAUGUUAGGAUUAUCACGAAACAAUACACUGGCAAUAUCGCAAGGAAGAUCAUGUUUGGGAGUAACUAUUUCGGAAAAGGGAGUGUAGAUGGCGGGCAUGGGAAUGAAGAGAUCGAGCAUAUUGAAUCAUUUUUUACUAUCCAUGCUUAUACGUACGCAUUCUGUGUGACAGAUUACUUCCCAAUUUCCCAUGGUUGCGAUGGAUCACUGAUUUUGAUGGGCAUGAGAGAAUCAUGA